CCGCCCCUUGCAGGGGAGAGUUCACGGGUUAGCGGAGCUCGCAGUUGAAUGCUGCAGCAGCCUGUCCACUCUGUGCACAAUGCAUGUUUGUCAGGGAAUCCGCGAAGCGCUCACGUCCCGGCAGCGUAGCUCACCGGCCAGAGACCAUCUACUCAGGAGUCGAGGAUAAUCCGAUUGGAUGUGGCAGGCGGGACCGGAGGCGGAAAGCCCUGAGUGACCGCAGGAACACAGCAUUACUACAGGAGCACAGGCUGCCUCUCUCCUCCGAACGUGGACAAUCAUGCAUGUGCUCUACUUGGGCUUGGGGUUCCUACUUUUCCCGGAUUUAUUGAAUGUAGUUGCCUUUACAGGGAGACUGUUUUUGAGUUCAAGCACAGCAAAAGAGGAGCUGGGCGCGUACGAGAUUGUGACCCCGGUGCGCCUAAAUGAAGCUGGUGACAAGUUUCCAACCAUCGUGCACUUCAAAAGGAAAAGACGGAGCUUGGACGAGGGGAGCGCCAAUGCCACGGACCACUGGGCCUCGUCAAAUGUCCACUACAGGAUAACAGCUUUCGGACAAAACUAUCACCUCAACCUCACGGUGGAUGCGGGAUUUAUUGCACCUCUAUACACUGUGACAAUACUUGGAGUUGCCAAAGGGGAUAAUGCUACAGGUUUUGGAGUGGAUACGGGAGCAGAGGAGGUGGUGGAGGAGGAGGACACGGAGUUGAGGCACUGUUUCUAUAAAGGGCACGUAAAUGCUCAUUUACAACACGCCGCAGUCAUCAGUUUGUGCUCCGGACUGCUUGGCACUUUCAGAUCUCCAGAUGGGGAGUUUUUUGUGGAGCCCUUACACAGCUAUCAAGGGGAACACUAUGAAGAGGAACACACAAAACCUCAUAUCGUAUACAAGAAACGUGCGUCCAAGAAACAAACAUCUGGGAAUACCUCAGCCUGCGAUACUUCAGGAGACAAACACAGACAAAAGGUACAGAGGCUGAAGAGGGGCUCGGUGGCUGGAGCCUCCACUGUUCUCCGCGCAGCCCCUGUGGUCAGAGCCAGCAUACUCAAUGACCUGGAGUCACUGAGCGCCGGCAUGGCCGGGAAUGCUUUGCUCAGAUCAGAGCACGCCAGCACUAGACCGUCAAAUGAUAGCAGUGGUGACUCAGGACCUCACAGGAGAUCAAAGCGCUUCCUCUCCUACCCACGCUUUGUUGAAGUAAUGGUGGUGGCCGACAGCAAAAUGGUGGAGCAUCAUGGCAGCAACCUACAGCACUACAUUCUCACAUUGAUGUCUAUAGUUUCUUCCAUCUACAAGGACCCCAGCAUUGGCAACCUGAUCAACAUUGUGAUUGUUAAGUUAGUGAUUAUAAACAAUGAGCAGGAGGGUCCGGUCAUUUCAUUCAAUGCACAGACAACUUUGAAGAACUUCUGCAUCUGGCAGCAGAGCCAGAACAUGCUGGAUGAUAGCCACCACUCCCAUCACGACACUGCCAUCCUUAUCACCAGGCAGGACAUCUGCAGAGCCAGAGAUAAGUGUGACACACUUGGCCUUGCAGAGCUGGGGACGGUGUGCGAUCCAUACAGGAGCUGCAGCAUCAGCGAGGACAACGGCCUGAGCACUGCCUUCACCAUUGCCCACGAACUCGGCCAUGUGUUUAACAUGCCCCAUGAUGACAGUAAGAAGUGUAAGGAAGAUGGAGUUAAGAUACAGCAACAUGUGAUGGCUCCCACUCUCAAUUACAACACCAACCCUUGGAUGUGGUCCAAAUGUAGCAGGAAGUACAUCACGGAGUUCCUUGACACAGGAUAUGGUGAAUGCUUGCUGGACGAGCCCGUCUCUAGGCCGUAUACUCUCUCACAGCAGCUGCCUGGACAAAUUUACAGUGUCAACAAACAGUGUGAAUUGAUAUUUGGGCCGGGAACGCAGGUGUGCCCAUACAUGACUCAGUGUCGGAGGCUGUGGUGCACCAGUCCAGAAGGUGCUCAGCGGGGCUGCAGGACGCAGCACAUGCCAUGGGCAGACGGCACUGACUGUUCACCUGGGAAUCACUGCAAGCAUGGCUUAUGUAUCGCCAAAGAGCAUGACACCACACCUGUAGAGGGAGCUUGGGGAGUUUGGAGUCCUUUUGGCACCUGUUCACGAACGUGCGGCGGCGGAAUAAAGAUUGCCGUGCGUGAAUGCAACCGACCCGUGCCCAGGAAUGGAGGAAUGUAUUGUGUUGGUCGCCGGAUGAAGUUUCGAUCUUGUAACUCUGAGCCCUGCUCCAAACAAAAGAAAGACUUCAGGGAGGAACAGUGUGCUACAUUUGAUGGCAGGCAUUUCAACAUUAACGGUCUACCUCCUAAUGUUCGCUGGGUACCCAAAUACAGCGGAAUCCUGAUGAAGGACAGGUGUAAGCUUUUCUGCAGGGCAGCAGGCAGCACGGCCUACUAUCAGCUCAGGGACAGGGUCACCGAUGGGACGCCAUGUGGACCCGAUACCAACGACAUCUGCGUGCAGGGCCUGUGCAGGCAAGCAGGCUGUGAUCAUGUACUGAACUCCAAAGCCAGGAGGGACAAGUGUGGCAUUUGUGGGGGGGACAACUCCUCCUGCAAAACUGUUGCUGACACCUUUAACAUUGUACGCUACGGCUAUAAUGAAGUGGUGCGAAUACCCAGUGGUGCUACAAACAUAGAUGUGCGUCAACACAGCUACUCAGGGAAAUCGGAUGAUGACAACUACCUCGCUGUUUCAAAUAGCCGUGGAGAAUUCCUGCUCAAUGGGGAAUUUGUGGUGAGCAUGUUCAAAAGGGAAAUCAAAGUGGGCAACACUGUCAUUGAAUACAGCGGCUCUGACCAUGUUAUUGAAAGGAUCAACUGCACUGACCGCAUUGAAGAGGAGGUCAUUAUCCAGGUGCUGUCGGUUGGGAACCUUUAUAACCCUAAUGUCAGGUACUCUUUUAACAUCCCCAUUGAGGACAAGCCCCAGCAAUUCUUCUGGGAUGCUUAUGGGCCCUGGCAGGAGUGCAGCCAUCUCUGCCAAGGAGAGCGCAAACGGAAAAUUCUGUGCAGCAGAGAGUCGGACAGGGUGGUGGUGUCGGACCAGAGGUGUUAUGGCACAGGUCGUCCUGCUGUUGUCACUGAGCCCUGCAACACUGAAUGUGAACUCAGGUGGUAUGUGGCUCGUAAAAGCGAGUGCACGGCCCAGUGUGGCCACGGAUAUCGCACUUUGGAAAUAUACUGUGCCAAAAUCAGCCAUGGUAAGACUCAGAAAAUUGAUGGGCGCUUCUGCAGUGGCCAGCACAAGCCUGAGGACAAAGAAAGCUGCCAUGGAGACUGUAACCCAGGUGGUUGGGAAUACUCCCCCUGGUCAGAGUGCUCCAAGAGCUGUGGUGGAGGCACUCGCCACCGCGGUGCAAUUUGUCGAAAGGCAGCUGAGUCUGGCGGUGAUGACAGCAAAUGCAGCCAAAGGGAUAAACUUACCAUCCAACCCUGCAAUGAGUUCCUCUGUCCACAGUGGAAGACUGGAGAAUGGUCCGAGUGCCUUGUAACGUGCGGAAAAGGCUACAAGCACCGUCAGGCUUGGUGUCAGUUUGGCGAGGACCGUCUGGAUGACCGCUUUUGCGGCUCACCUAAACCUGAGUCGGUGCAGAUGUGCCAACAGCAAGAGUGUGCAUCCUGGCAAGUUGGACCGUGGGGACAGUGCACUACUUCUUGUGGGCCCGGCUACCAGAUGCGAGCUGUGAAAUGUGUGGUGGGGUCUUACGCUGCUGUUAUGGACGACACUGAGUGUAACGCUGCCACCCGACCCACUAAUACCCAGGACUGUGAAGUUGCCCAGUGUCCCAACAGCCACCCUGUUCCCCCAGGAACCAAAGUCCCUUCCCACCAGGGUCACAAAACCCAGUGGCGGUUUGGCUCGUGGGCCCCGUGUAGUGCCAGCUGUGGCAAAGGAACAUGGAUGCGCUUUGUGAGUUGCCGUGACGACCAGGGUGGAUUGGCAGAUGAUUCAGCAUGCGCUCACCUACCAAAGCCCCCUGCCAGCGGGGUGUGCUCAGUUGUAGCUUGUGGACAGUGGAAAGUGUUGGAAUGGACAUUGUGCUCAGUGACCUGUGGACAGGGGUUGACAACGCGACAAGUGCUGUGCGUUGACUUUAAUGAGCAAGAAGUGAAUGCUAGUGAGUGCGAUCCAGAUGAUCGUCCUACCACCCAGCAGGACUGCGCCAUGUCUCAAUGCCCGUCCCGUUCCAGUGAGUCCCGACCUUUGCCAUCCUCGCCAAAUGCCAGAAGCAGCCUUCCACACAGCCAGUCCCACCAGUGGCGGACCGGACCUUGGGGAGCGUGCUCCAGCACAUGUGCAGGAGGCUUCCAACGACGGGUGGUGGUGUGCCAGGAUGAGAAUGGUUACCCUGCCAACAGCUGUGAGGACAGCAGCCGACCCAACGAGCAGCGGUCUUGUGAGUCGGGUCCAUGUCCUCAGUGGGCUUACGGCAGCUGGGGAGAGUGCACUAAGCCAUGUGGGGGUGGAAUAAAGACGAGGCUGGUGGUGUGUCAGCGUCCAAACGGCGAACGUUUCAACGAUCUGAGCUGCGAGAUCCAUGACAAGCCACCAGAUCAAGAGCAGUGCAAUACUCAGCCUUGCCCUUCUAGCCCUCACUGGAGCACAGACCCAUGGAGCUCGUGCUCAGCCUCCUGUGGAAGAGGUUUCAAAUCCCGUAAAGUGAGCUGCGUGACCGGGUCAGGCCGUGCUGUCCCGGAGGAAAACUGCCAGCACUUGUCCCCCAAACCCAGCAAGCAAAGGCGCUGUCGAGGUGGACGAUGCCCCAAGUGGAAGACAGGCAGCUGGGGAGAGUGUUCAGCUUCUUGCGGUGACGGCGUGCAGCAACGAGAGGUUUCCUGCCACGACGAAGGUCACCGGAGCCCGCUUGAGACCGGCUGCACUCAGCGCUCCCGACCGCCGUCCAGCCAGAGCUGCCGUGUCGCCGACUGUCCCUCUCGGUACCGGUGGAAGGAAGGGGAGUGGCAAACGUGCAGUAAGUCGUGCGGGACAGGUCGCCGGCAACGAAGCUUGCAGUGUGUGGACCUUAACCAGCAGGAGGUCCACGAAAUAUACUGCGUCAAUGAGAUCAGACCUCCAAACAUGGAGAGCUGCAACACGCAUGCGUGUGAAUUAAUCUGGAUUACAGGGGAAUGGACAGAGUGCUCGGCCACCUGUGGUCGGGGUUACCGGCAGCGUCUGGUCUACUGCAGCGAGGUACAUUUGGAGAACAACAACUAUGAAUACAGCCAUCAGUCUCUGUCUAACUGCCCUGGAUCCCCACCAGAGAGCUACAUGCCCUGCAAACUGAUCCCAUGCCCACCGACACAGGAGUGGAGAGUUGGAAUCUGGGGAGAGUGCUCCGUGAGCUGUGGGGACGGAGUAAUGGAGAGGAUGGUGCAUUGUGUAUCUGCAGAUGGUCAGGAAAGCAACAGAUGUUCUGAGGAUGCAAUGCCAGAGACCCAGAAAUUAUGCAGAAAACCGAGCUGCCAUUUGCCUUCCAGCUGUCUUGACAUCCAGAGAUUGAAAGGGCUCCUCCCAGAUGGCGAACACUUUCUCAGCGUUCAAGGAAAAGCUCUCAAGGUCUUUUGUGCAGGAAUGCAGACAGAGACUCCGCAGGAAUAUAUCACCUUGGCAACCGGCGAAGGGGAGAAUUUCUCAGAGAUCUUUGCCUUCAGGCUCAACGACCCCACGCAGUGCCCAGCCAACGGCUCCAGAAGAGAAGACUGUGACUGUCGGAGAGACUACACCGCCGCGGGCUUCACCAGCUUCUCCAAGGUCCGCCUUGACCUGAGACGGAUGAGCAUCAUCACUGCAGACUGGCAGUUUGCUUCGUCCCAUGAAAGCAAGGAUGUGCCUUUUGCAACAGCUGGUGACUGCUACAGCGCUGCUGGGUGUCCGCAGGGUCGUUUUAGCAUCAACCUGUCGGGGACGGGUCUCAAGCUAUCUGAGGGGAUCUCAUGGAUUUCUCAUGGAAAUUAUGCAGUGAUCAACAUACACAAAUCACAGGAUGGCAGCAGAGUAUCAGGAACUUGUGGAGGUUACUGUGGUAAAUGUACACCCUCCUCUGAUGGCACUCUGCCUGUAACCACAGAGUAGACCUGGAACCAUCAGAAAGUUGACUCUUUUUUUGCCGAGUCAUCCUCCUCUGAACUGCAGAGUCGUCCUCAUCAUGUGCCUCCUCCUCUUUGGUGCUACAGUCAAGCCAUCCUCUGCGUUUCUCCGUCUGUAUAGUGUAAAUUAAAUGUGUAAAUAAUGUAAAUAGUCGGUCAAAAUAUAAUUUAUUGUAAUCGCAUAUAUAUUUUUGUAUUGUAAUAUAAUUGAAAGGUUCUUUUGUUAAUUGCCAGUCUCCAGUUUUUACCUAAACAUGUCUUCCUUUUAUAAUGCAAUUAUCACAGUAAAAUCUUUGCGUUUUAUAUUUUUAAA